GUUUUUGUUGAUUAAUUGUUUAAUUAAUUAUGACGGUUAAUUGCUCUCGCUAUUUUAUACAUUUGUGUUUACAUUGAUUGACAUUUCGAUUCUCACUUACAUUCUAUUCUUAUCUUUUUGUCUCACCGGCACUUUGACGUUUGUUCUUUUUCUCUGUCUUUGCCACUUGUUUGAUGAGAAUUUUUCAUCAAUCUCUUUCUUUUGCUGGUCAAUUAUUUUUUUGAAUUUUUUUUUCUUUUCUCUCUUUCUCUCUGUUGAUAUCUCUUUCUUGGUGGAAAUUUAACUUUUCCAUGAUUAGUGGACCUGUUUUACCUCCAAUGGAUAUUGGUGGAAAUUUUGUCUCUACUUCCAAAACCAGUAACAUUAAAUCCCUUCUCUUGGAAGCUUGGAGACAACGAUGGAGCCCAAUUGAUUGGGCUGUCAACAUUAAACGAGUUCUGCCUCGUGGGGUUAGCGGUGAUGUUUAUGACCUUUCCAAUUGUAUCCUGAUUCAAGCACUCAUUGGACCAGCUCCUAAUCCAUUGUUUAUCUCAUAUCUCAAUCAUUGUAUCAGUUCACAUGUUGUUUCUUAUGGAGCUGUUCUUUCAUCUAUUUCCAAGUAUCAAGAAUUCAGUAAAUCACAAUGCAUCAUAUGUUUAUUAGAUUUAUGCAAUGAUUUAAAGAAAAGGAUAAAUUGCUAUGGGAAUGAAGAGGAAUGCAUAUCACUUUGUAAAGCUAUUGUAGCCUUGGCCCAUUGGCUGUUUUCGGGUCUACAUCAUGCACUAAUUAAAAUAACCGAGCUCAAAUCAAGUGCCUCUAAUCAAAACACUAAUCAAUUUGGUAACCUUGGUCAUCAUGGUUCAUAUGUCGCUUUAAGUGGUUCCCUAGGUGCAUCUGGAGCUGCUUCAAUUGCAGGAACAAACUCACAACUCAACGAAUUCAUUUCUAUCGUGGAAAAAUCCUGUGAUGUCUUAUCAUUCAUCUCAACUUCAUCAUUUAUUAAAUCCCUUUUUCACGUUGGAAAGAUGGAAGAUCAAUCAAUUUAUUCUCAGCUCGUCACCAAAGCAAAUAAGGUUGAAUUACUUUUAAAUCAAUCUUCCGGUCCAUCAUCAUGUCUCCCAUCAACUUUAACCAAUGCUAAAGAGUUAUCAGAUAUUAUGGUUAAAUUUUUAAAUACUGCUGAAUGGAAUAAUCUUGAUCCAGCCAUUGUUGCGACUGAAAUUCUCGCUGCCCGUGAAUUGGCCAAAGGUCCAAUGAUCCAUUGUUCAUCACCUUCAAGUCUUUUCGCUCAAAGUUGCAAUGCAAUCAUCGCUAUAAACGCUAUUCUAUAUCCGACAAAUGAAAUUAAAGCUUUCGCCAGACAGAUCUCACUUGUUGCUAAAUUCAAUGAUAUUCCAUACGCUGAAGUCUGUCUUGAGAUCGUUCGUUCAUGUUUCAUUGGUUUAGUUGAUUCAGCAUCUUCCGACCUUAAAUUAGAUGAAGAUCUCAAGUGGGGAGCUUUCACAUUUCUCAAAGUUCCUCUCAUAUUUGUGGAACUUGAUUCACCCAAAAUGGACAAAAAGACUCUCAGUAUUGAACUUGAAAAGGGCUUGGAUAAACUUCUUAUGUUCACACCUUUACUUGACUUGACAGAUUCUAAAUCUAAUUGUGAUUGUCUUGAUUUAUUUACUAAAGAACUUUGUGCAGCCGAAGACACAAUCGAAACAUCAUCAUCACAGAAGCACAGAAUUUUAACUGCUGAGCAGAAAAAUCGUAUCAUGACCCGGCGACAUAAAGAUUCUCAUAAAUUAAAAGACAAAAUGAUUGGUCAAAAUUCAAAUUCUGUUGGUCAAGGUGCCAGUCUCAUCUUAAAAGCCGAACCGACGGUAAAAUCGAUAUUUAAAACAUUAGAUCAUGAUUAUUCAAAGAAUCAGGAUGGACUUUUGGGUGUUCUCAAUCACAUGGUCGGUAAAAGUAAAAUGCUUCAACUUAUUCUUAAUGCUGCUGCUGCUAAUGGAAAUUUAAAAAGUUUCACCAUUAAAUUGAUUGAAUUCAACGAAGCAAACAAACAGAUCAAUGGGGAAGGUGGUAAACAAUCGCAGACUCGAGCACUUCUAUUCGAUAUCACCUUUCUGAUGCUUUGUCAUAUUGUCCAAAAUUAUGGAAGUGAUUUUAUUACUCAAAAUUCUGAAACAAAUGAUUCUUUCUUUGCAACUUGGUGCGCUCAAUUCUUACCAGAAGGAGGUAAAUAUCGCUCUCCGGAUGUCCUUCUUUCUAAUUGUGAUCCAAUCAAGGUAGACAAUCUACUCUCACAAUUUGCUUCACCCGAUUUCGAAUUGAAAACUAGUCUCGUUAAAUGGCAUGAAGUUUGCAUCAAUGCUCCCGCCGCGAUCAAAGAAGUACUUUUAGCCUGGGAACAUGGGAUCAUCACAACAGAAAAUGUGAAAACGAUAUUAGACAAUGUAAAAAGUAAAAUGUGUUGUCUUCCUGUGGUCAUUUCUGCCUGGUUAUCAUCCUACAUAAAUACCCUACCUCAUGAUGAAAGGAUAAAACCAAUGACUAUGAUACAACAAUUUAUGAGUCCGUCAUCUUUUCGAGAAACAACUGGAUCAGGAUCAUCGAGUAACAAUCUAUCUAAUAGCGGGAAUACUGUUAACAACAAUAAUAAUAAUAACAAUAACAAUGCAACAGGAGGAGGAGCAAGUGGUAGCGGAAGUGGAAACAGUUCAACCGGUUCGGUUGAAGGCAAUGCUUCAUCUAAUGAACCCACCAACACUUACUAUACAGAAAGGUCAAUGUUAAUGUCUAACAUAAUCAAGAAAAUGUUCUGGAAUUUGCAUCUAACUAAUCAAACAAAAGGUAAAGGCGCUUUAUCGGCGAUUCCUCAUGGAUUAACAUCGGAUAAAGCUCUUUGGGAAUUAUUGGAAGAUAUUUUUCUCUCGGCUCACAGUCGAUCCUGGCUUGACCAGCGAGAUGUUUAUAAUGUUGACACUGUUUUUUGUGUUGGUGGACCAAACUGGUUUGUCGAGUCGUUGCUCCGUUUAUUGCUCAAGUUUGACCAUUCCACCGAAUUGAAUAAAGCCGUUGGAUUAAUUUAUGGCCUUUUCCAUCUGGACAUUGAACAAUGUGCACUCGCUUUACUCGCCAAUGGUUUAGUUGGUUAUAUUUUAAAUGAAAACAAACAAGAAGCUCUAACCGAACCCAAAGCAUCAGCUUUGGCAAAGUUAACUGUCAUGACGAUUCUUGCUGCUCUCUCAGAAUCUGAAGAAAGACGUUCCACCGAUUCAAUAAUCAGUCUUAAGAGACAUGGUUAUCAGCGAGAUGUUUUCAUGGAGUUUGUCCCCAUGGAAAUUGAUCCCAAUAAGAUGAACAACAUUAAUCACAAUAAUGAGCGACCCAAUAAGAUGAGACGUUUUGAAACCUCAGGAUCUUUAAAUAUCCAAAUUGAAGACACACCAUUUUUGUAUGCCAUGAAUCAACAAUCUGUUGAUCCUCGAAUUUUAAACGAACCUUUGACUAAAGCAAUAGCAGAUCUACUUCGAUUAUUCAGUACCAUCAUUUCCGAUUCCAUCGUCUCUCAGCGAACAUUAUUCCCUCUCAUUUUUUUGGAACAACUAAUUCUUUGUGGUAAACAGGAUUCACACAAAAUACUACAAUUUUUGCCUUUUCAAGCAAUCAUGAGACUAAUUAAAAUGAUGCCUGGAUCAUUAUCAUAUGAAUUUUUACUCUCUAUCAGUAAUCUACAAACACCUAAGGCUCGAAAAAUUGUCGCUCGAGCUCUAUGCCAAUUGAAAACGGCGAAAGUAGAUAUGCCAAGAUGUUCCUCUUAAACCAAGCAAAAGUAUUUAAAUUGUCUCUCUCUCUCUCUCUCUCUCUCUCUCUCUCUCUCUCUCUCUCUCUCUCUCUCU